AGACAUUUGACAUUGUUCUUUGAGUUGUCGUUUGUCAGCUGUUUAUUCAGUCUUGGCAGCCACAGAGCAUGUAUUGUGGUGUUUCUGUGCUAUGUGUUAACGGGUUUAUUCGCACAAAUUAUGAGGAAAAUAUUGGCACGACUCGCGCAAGGUGAUUCUGACGAAGGAUUUACGUCUUAUAACAACCUUGGCAAUCACCAAAGUCCUCAACUUACUUCUGUCGGUCGUAAUUUUAGAUUGGGCAGCUUUUCACUAGUUGUGGAGACGAUAAUAGCUGAAGGUGGAUUUGGUGUUGUAUUCCGUGUAGUUUCUCAGCAUGGGCACACUUACGCUUUGAAGAGAACAUGUGUUAACAAUACCCAAGAUCUUGCUGUUUGUAAGCGAGAAAUAACUAUUGUAAGCUCUGUAUCGCAUAAAAAUAUUCUGCGUUAUGUUGAUUCAAAGAUUAGUGACAUUCAACCUGGAAUCUAUGAAGCUUUAUUACUAACGUCUUAUUAUCCAGGGAAUUUAAGUCAACUAAUCAAUGAAAGGAAACAAAAUCAUCAACGAUUUACACAAGCUGAUGUCUUGCGUAUAUUUGGUGAUAUCUGUGAAGCUGUUUGUCGUUUACAUCACUGUAAAACACCAAUUAUUCAUCGAGAUUUAAAAAUUGAAAAUAUUCUUAUCGAUGAUCGAAGUAAUUUUGUACUAUGUGAUUUUGGCAGUGCAACAUCACGCGUUCUACAUCCUGGCGUUCAUGGAUUAACAAGGUGUGAAGAAGAGAUUUCUAGAUAUACAACAUUAGCCUAUCGAGCUCCUGAAAUGGUCAGUUUAUCAACCUCUAUACCAUUGGGUCCACAAAUUGACAUUUGGGCAUUAGGUUGCCUUUUAUAUUGUCUAUGCUUUUUCAACUUACCCUUUGGAGAUAGUAUAUUGGCUAUACAAUCGGGUAAUUUCAGUCUACCUGACAGUUCACCAUAUUGUGAACGAUUACAUAAAUUAAUUGGUUAUAUUCUUUGUGUGGAUGCAUUUAAACGUCCGGAUAUAUUUCAAGUGUGUGCAUUAGUUUUUACGCUUUCUGGUCGAAAUAAUCCUGCACAGAAUUUAAAUAAUCUUCCAGUUCCACUUUGGAAAGAUCUGAGUAUACCACCAAGAGAAUCUCAGCUGAAAUCAUUCAACAGUCUGCAUAAUUCAGAGUUGAAAUCUACAAACAGGCCAAUUUCUCCGGCAACCAAUACCCAAAAUAAAUCAUGUUCACCAGAUCAGAAACAAUCAAUACAAUCGAUAGAUCAACACAGUCUAAUGAUUACUAAUACAUCAGUAGCUCCAAGAGAAAGACCAAGACCUAAUUGUUUCAACCAUCCUUCUCAUAGUGUUAAUAAUAAUCGUGUGUUUGGUAACACUGUCAAUCAAAUUGUUGUUGAACCACCUGGUAGUGGACUUAUAAACAGCAAUAUAAAUUUUACAGAUUUACCUGAUCCUAGUGUAUUGGGUACUGAUUUAAAUCAGAAUGUAAGUACAGUAUCUCCUGAUCCGUUCAGUCGACUAUCAACAAAUGUAGGUUGGCCCACAGAAUUUUCUAACAACCAAUUCAAUAGUCAAUCAGAUGAACCAGGUAUCAUAAAAAUCGGUGGUCAUCAGCGCACUCAAAGCUCUAGCUUUGUACAAUACAAUCAAACAGCAAGCUUACCAGAUGCGAAUAACUCUUAUCAACUUGAUUCAGAUGCUUCAGUAAGUCUGUCUCUUUAUGAUCAUUUUUAUUCAAUGCAGAAUAUUUCCUCCCGCCUCUGUCUGUCUAGUAGUAAUGUUUAAUCAUCUGGCCUUUAAUGAUGUUGUUGGACAGUUGGAUCAGGUUGCUGGUGUGAAUUUUUUCGGGAAGGGGGAAGGAUACUCUUUUUGUUCACUGUAGAAAGCUGUACUUUUGUACCUUGUUGUUAUUAUCAUUAUUCCUAGUGGAACAAAGGACUUCAGUAGCACGUCGCCAUUUCACCCUCUUCUCUUCAGUCUUUUCAACCUGGCUCCACGACUGACAAAAAACUCUGAUUUCUUCCUCAACCGAUCUCCUCCAUGUCAACGUCGCCUCGGACACCCAACACGUCGCUGCCCCUUUGGGUUCCACUCGUCGGCCUGGCCUGACAAGUGAUGUCCCCAAUCGGCCAUCUCAGUGUAUGUUCAAUCCAAUCCAUCUCCACUUUCUUCUUCUGCAUAUUUGUUGGGCGUUGGGUUCUUGAUCGGUUGAUUCGUUGCCAGCCAGCAAACCAACCAGAGUUCCUUGUUGUUUAUUCUAAUUAUUGUGGCCAUCUGAUCAAUCAUCAGUAUCGAGUGAGGGGGUAGGUGGCAGCUGUUGAUGUAUGUGUGCAGUUUGUUGGGAAUGCUUUUCGUAACGCGCCGCCAAGUCUCAACCAUCACAUAGAAGCAUUGACUUGGCGUGUAGCACAACUCCCUUGUUUGGGAGUUUGAUAAGGUAGCCCUUCUUCCAGUCACUUGGCAGGUACCCUUCCUUCCUUCCUUUCAAGCCUUCUUCAAUAGUGGUGUGAGCAUGUUCGCUGAUGUUUCUGCGUCUGUUUUCAGUGCUUUCGGAGGAAUUCCUUCUGGUCUUGCUGCUUUCCCGGCUUUCAGUAUUUUUAUGGCGUUCAAAACUUCUACUUUUGUCGUAUAGGUAAAAUAUAGAGAUAUUAGAUCAUUCACGUUAUACCUCUAUUCCUUCUAGCAUGAUCUGUAGGGUUACCAACUGACUAAUAUGUGUAACUUUGCCUGUCGUGUGGAUAUUAAGUCAUAAAUUUCACCACGAAAAUAUCCCUGGAAUCGUAUCAACAUGCUGUAGAGAUUUCAUUUUUGUCAAAAGGAACCAGACAAAAUAAAUGUUGAACAACAGGUGUCUAGGGAUUCCUGUGGAUUUGAAUCACAUCAGUCCGUGUCCAUCCUCUCUUCUCUAACCGAUUGUUCUCCGUCACAUCAACUGGUUUUUAUCUGAAUGUAUUGGUAAAUGGUUCCAAUGUUGAAUCCAUGAUUUAUGAAUGUUUAAGGAACAGAAUGAACAUCUUUAAUAAAGAAAAUCUGUGGUCAAUGCGUAGGUAUAAUUAUUGCUGAUAAGUCUACUUAAUUUCAACAUGAUUGAUUCCGCCUUAAAUGAGAUGUGUUAGCAUAAUCAAUCACUUUACUCAUCGAAUUACACAAUUCGGAGCAAUAAAGUUUAAUCCAAACAAAAUUUAGUACCGUUGUUCCCUUCUAUAACUUUGAGUAAGGUAAUUAAAAGAAGUAGAUCACCUGAACAAUAUGUGAUGUAUUUGCGCUAUACAUUUCGAACAAUCUCACCACACAUUUACUUGUUAAGGCAUUAUAUAUGAAAAUUGGAAGUGGAGGAAGGACAAAUAUGACAUAAAGGAAUUAUUACCAUGAAAAAGAAACAGUUGUUUAUGAAAUUGAAAUGUAAUGGUGAUUUGGCCGAAGUUUUUCAUACCAGAGACUCUUUAGAGCCAUUAAGAGGACCUUCUACGCCGCACAACUCUGUCUGUCAUUUUCCAAUCGACCAAUUGUUGCCUCUCAGACAAAAGAUAAGGAAUCUAGUUUUAUCACUUCUAUGUGUAUUUACAAGUUUAGCUGCUCCUGUGAAGAAAGCCAUACAGAGCAUACUAAACGGAUAACUUAACAAACGUGUUGCUAAGCAUCUACCUUCAUGGUUGGGAAAUGGGAGAGAUAAAAUUCAUCAGGAGUUCUAUUUUAUCUCAUCUGGUUGAUAGUGGUCAUUUGGUAGAUAAGAACAGUGCUUUCACCGCAAACCAUUUCAUCUUUCGAAGGGUAUUCAAACUCAUCUUUUACACGUAGCAGAAGCUGUCGGAAUUCGAGCUACGAGUACUAGUUUUUGAAUCUAGAAGAAAUUUGUACAUCUCUUGUCUCUUCCUCGGCCAAGUAAUACUCAAUAAACAACUUUACUAUUGGAAACAGUCCCUUUUAUGAAUUUGGAUAAGGUAAUUAGAAGACGUAGACUAUCUUAAAAUUGUGAUGUAUUUGUUUUAUACAUUUCGAACAAUCUGAUCACCUAUUUACUUGUUAAGGCAUUAUAUAUGAAGACUGGAAGUGGGGGAAGGAUAAACAUGACAUGAAGGAAUUC